GUGAGAAGCAGCUCAGGGUGCAACUCGAUCAGGCGAUAGCACAUUUGUCUGCGAAGGACAGAGAGAUAGCGGACCUCAAGAGGCGACAUGAAGAGACAGCUGCACGGCAAGCUCAAGUCCAACGGGCAGCUUCCGAUGACUUAGUGCGCAGCACGAACGUGCUACGGCAGCAGGUCCAGGAGCUGUCAUCGGCGCUGCAAGCAAAGGAACGAGAAGCUGCAGAGACAUCUAAAAAGCUCCAGACUGCUCUAGACGAAGCCAUCGACGCGAAACGGCAGCUUGAGGAGGGGCGCGUUGUAGCACGGUCAGCGGACCAAGCCCAAACCGCUGCCGCUGCAGCACAAACCCAAAUAGCAGAAUACGAGAAACAGCUUCGGGAGAUUCAGGCCGUCCAGGAGGCCCUCACCCGGGAGUUAGCCGCCGCCCGUGAGGACGCAGCGGUGGCUUCCAGCGAUGCGUCUCAUGCACGGGAGGAUGCUGCCAGCGCUCGCGACCAGCUCGCCAAGGUCCUUGCGGACCAGUCCAAGGCCAUCGCGGAGGCGGAGGAGCGCGCCGCAGCUAUCGCGCAAGAGGCCGCCUCCUCAACCGUCGCCGCUGCCGCUGAUAUGGCCGAAAAGGCAGCUGUCGCCAACCGACAGCAGGCCGAGACCCUCAAAGCCGAGCUCGCAGCCCAGAUGGCCAAGCUUGAUGCUGCCGAACAGGCUGCAGCAGAGCUCCCGGCCCUGCGCCAGCAGGUGCAGGAAGCGCAGAACCAUCUCGCAACGGCACUGGCAGAGCUGGCCUCCGUCAAAGAGUCGCGCUGUGACCUGUCUGAGCGCCUGGCGGAGUGUAAAGCGGAGCUGGAGGACGCCAACCUGGCCCGCCAAAGCAUGACGGCAGAGCGACAGGUGCUACUAGAGCAGCUGGAGCAAGUUGCCGCUGAGCGCAGCCGGUUGGAAACGCAGGUACAGGAGCUGGAGGCGAACCUUUUGGAAGCCGUUACGGCAGCGACUAUGGCGGCAUCGGCUGCGGCCGAAGCCGCGACGGCGGCGGCGGCAGCAGACGCUGACUUGACGCAAAAGGAGGACAAUGAAAGGAUCGAGGAUGUAUUGCGGCCGGCUGGGCGCUCCGGCGGCGGGGGAGAGGACGACCUUGUUCGGCUGGAGGCUUUGGGUGCGAAGGUUCUGGCGGAAGAGCUGGCGGCGGCGCGUAGUGAGGCUUCUGACCUGCGCAAGGAGCUGGAGCGCACUAUCGUGCGUCACGCGGAGGAGGAGGAAGCAGUGGAGACGGAUAACGAGAGGCUCAAGGCCCUGGCGUCGAAGGACAAGCUCAGCGCCCAACUGUGCACCACACAGAACGAUCUGGAGGCGGCUCGCAACCGUGUAGAGGAGCUGAAGCUGGAGAUCACGGGGCUGGAGCUGGAACGCGCUGCGUUGCGCAGUCGUGAGGAUGAAGCCCAGGCGGAGGUAGCCAAGCUGCAACAGCAGCUGAAGGAGGCGCAGAUGCGGGCGGUGGAACUGGUCAGCGCCAACGCGGACCUGCAAGUGGAGCAGGCCAAGGAGCAGCUCUCCAGUCUCACCGAGAUCGACCUGGACUCCAUGCUGCGACAAAUCGACAACGUGCAAACACGCAAGACAUCGAAGAAGUCUGUGCCGGCAGCACCCGUGGAGGUGAUGAUGGCGGCGGCGGGGCUGUCGGCCAAGUCGGGCUUUGUGUCAAUGGGGAGCGGCACGCCGUCGGCUGCAAGGAGCGCUGGUCCAGCCAGUGCCAGUGCCAACGGUGCAGACACGCCUUUGGCAGCGGGGACAGUAGCGGCCCUUAGUUUCGGGACUUCGGACAUUUGA